GCAGUGCUGAGAGAUCAGAGAAGAGGAAAAACCUGUGAAGCAUCUUCUUACUUGAAAUGGGUCAGGUAAUAUCCAACCUAAUAAGAAUUUUAUUGAGAAGAAAAGGGAAAGUAGAGACAACUGAUGAAGAGAAUGGAUACCAAGCACUUGCUGACUGCGAAGAGGUGAAGCUAAUCCAUCCUUCCUCCUCCGAUUAUGGAAGUACCAGAGUUUCAGAAGAAGAUGAAAGAGCAGUAGUUAUUGUUAUAAGUGAUUCUAAUGUCAGAGAAGAAGUAGACCCAUCUCCUCCUCCUCCUCCUGCCUCUUGUUACCAAAAGACCAGGGUUUCAUCAGACGAUGGAAGGGUAACCAUCAUUGUUGACAAUGGUGCUGAGGCCGUAAAAAAGAUUAAACCUAUCCUUCAUCUCUCUACUGCCGAUCAGAUCAGAGUUCCAAAAGAUGGUUUAGGAGCGAAGAAAACCAAAAGAAAAGUCUUGCAAAAAGAAGAAAAAAGGAUAAAGCACUACUACAGUUCUCACAAGAUGCUUCUGGUUGGGGAGGGAGAUUUCUCUUUCUCUGCUUGCUUGGCCAAGGUUUUUGAUUCUGCUGCUAACAUGGUUGCCACUUCUCUCAAUUCAGAAGAUUUCUUAAAGAAAAACUACGGCAAUGCCAUGUCCAACAUCGAUGAUUUGAAGAGUAAAGGAUGUAUGGUUCUUCAUGGAGUGGACGCAACAAAAAUGUCAGGCCAUCAGUUCCUGAAAGGUAUGAGAUUUGAUCGGAUUGUCUUCAACUUCCCCCAUGCGGGUUUCUCUAAUAAAGAGUCACGGGAGGUCCAGAUCAGUCGACACCAAAAGCUGAUCACCUUAUUCUUCAAGAAUGCCAAGAAAAUGCUUUUGGAAGAUGGAGAAAUACACAUCUCGCACAAAUCAGUUGGGUUCCAUCUUAAAUGGGAUAUAGAAUCUCUGGCCUCAGAUGGUGGCCUCAAUUUUAUAAAAGCAGUGAGAUUUAAAUUGAAUCAAUAUCCGGGUUACAAUACUAAAUAUGGAUUUGGGGGAGAUGGGAACUUUGAUUGCAAUCCUAGCAAGACUUACAUGUUUGGAUUGUGAUAAAGACCAAUUGAUGAUAGAAGCAUACUCAUUAGCUUUUUCAUGAAAUGGGUUUA